AAAUGGAUACUUUUUGAAUGAAUACGAUAGUUUUGACCAAGACUAAAAUAAUUACCAAAUAAGAUCCAGUAAAUAACAUCUCGUUUAUAAAUCUUUGAUUAGAUUUUGCUUAAUUUAUGUUUCUGUCCUUAAGAAAUGGAAGUGGAUACAGAAAAGGUUAAUUUUACUAAAAAGAAAGCCAGGAGGUCUUCUUUUACUCCAGGAAGAGCCAAGCAAUUCCAAGACAACAAAUUAGACAUAACUUGUGAUAUCAAGGGAAGCCUUUCCACUGAUUUACAGUUGUCAGAGUUGACUAAGAAGUGUAUGAAGCAUGCUUUUAAUAUUCUUGCAAAUGAAAUACCUACCUUGGAAAAUACAAAUAUCUGUGAUGAAGUUGAAGCUGCUCUUCUUAAGAAGAUCAAUGCAAUGACUGAAGAAAAUGUCUUCCACAACCUUUAUCACAAGGAGCGCUGUUCAUUGAAUCCCUUAAGUAAGCAAAUUGAUUCUACAAAUAACCAAUACAAGUCCUGUAUUACUGUUAUAGAGGAAGAAUCAAGAUGCUGGGAUGAACUGAAACACAAAACCAGAAAGAUGGUUACUGAUGCUGAGCUACGAGAUGUUAUAAAGUUGAAGAAUUAUAAAGAUCUACCUGAAGCAGUUUUGGAAACCUCUGAAAAUUAUCUUCCUGCAGUUGAAUUUGAACCAAAGAAAAUUCAAGAGACUAUCAAUCAAUCUCUCAAAUCAGCCGAUAUUAGUGUGAUUUAUUUACAAAUUGCCAGCAGUAUUCUUCAAGAAUCAGCUAAAAGUGUUCAUUCUCAAGCAGAAGCCCUACAAUUAUUAUAUGCAAAAAAUGAAUCCAAGAUGCUUCCAAAUUCAAUGAAAGAUACUCCCCACAAACUUCUUCAACGGAUUCCAGUAAGCAAUGAAACUCGCCAGCAACAAGAUAUGGAAUAAUCAUAAUACACAGCUGAACGCACCAAUUAUCGCUGCUAUGAUAAUUGGUGCUUUCAGCUGCUUCUCACUCUUUUCAGAAAUAUUAACAGUUCAGAUGAGAUGUAGAAUUGCUUUCUUUCACUUUUUAUUUCUUAUUCUGUUUUAAUUGUUUUCUUAUUACUUCUCUCAAAGUAAUUAUGUAUUGCAUUUAAAUUAUUUGUAAUUUAAUUUAUUUUUCUUUGCCAUUGGGAUUAUAAUAGGCUACAUCACCAGUAAUUAAUUAUAAAAGUAAACAUUUUGGUGCUCUCUAAACAGAGAAAGAAAAUUAAUGUUUUGAAUUGUCAUUUGAUCAGAGAAGACUCAUUCUUUGGCAGAUAUUCUUGCCUAAAAUACUUGGAGAUUUUUUGCAUCUCCUCAUGCUAUAUCAACAUACUUUUAUUUGUUUGUUUUUUCUUUUAUAAAAUUGACACUUGAUGAUGUUAUGAACCAUUGCUAAUCUUUACUCAUUUUUGAGUUAAAAUUACUGAAAGGUAAAGUGUUUAAUCUUGUGGAUAGUUUGACCUCAAAAAUUACAUUGGGCUAAUAUACUUGUGUUUCAUGUUUUGUAUCAAAUUUACAGUUGAUUGUGGAAAUGUGUGGCUUAGUGGUUAGGGUGUUGGACUCAUAAUCGUAAUAUUGUGGUUUCAAUUCCUUGACUAGGCAACACAUUGUGUUUGUGAGCAAAACAUUUCAUUUCAUGUUGCUCCAGUCCACUCAGCUGGCAAAAAUGAGUAAUCCUACAGCAGACUGGCAGCCUGUUCAGGUGCGGAAUAUAUAUAUCACAGAAACUGGGAAAUUGGCCGUCUACAUGAUUCAGGAAGGAUCUUUAUCCUUUUACACCUGAUUAAAGUGGCAAGCUGGCAGAAUCAUUAGCAUGGUGGACAAAAUAUUUAGUGACAUUUCUUCUGGCUUUAUGUUCUCAGUUCAAAUUCCACCAAGGUCUGCUUUGCUUUUCUGCCAUUCAGAGUUGAUAAAAUAAGUACUAAAUGAGCAAUGGGGUAGAUGUAAUCGACUAGCCUGUCCCUCCAAGAUUUCAGAUCUUGUGCCCAUGAUAGAAAAGAAAUUUACAUCUGAUUGAUUUAUGAAUGGUUUAUGUUGUAGUGAAAAUUACAGGCUGAUGUAUCUUAGCUAAGUUGCUACCAAGACUUACUUUCCUCUCUAUAUCUUGAAAAACAUUUCAAUUACGAACUGCUAUAAAUUUGUAGAAAGUUUUCAAAUCUGCCUUACAAUAUGAUAUCUGCAUUAUACAUACUUAAAAAGAAAGCCAUCUUCCUGUUCAGCAAUUUUUCAAUUUCAACACGCUUUUGACACUUCUAGUAUUUUCUAUUUUGCUUUAAUUUCUAUUUAUGUUAUCCUAAUGCAUUUAAGUUUACUUUAUACAGUUUUUGCUACUCUUAUUACCAAACAACAUUGUGUUUCUAUCUAAUCAGAACUUUGCUUAACCCUCUAGAACUUCCUUUGCCCUUGCUGUUUUUCCAUCCAACAGCUAACUGGCAACAAGUGAAAUUACAUGUCACCUACACCAACCAUAUUUCGUUAUCCUUGUUUCUCAUUCUAUAGUAUCUGUCCUGCUUUCUCAGACUAACUAUAGAAAUGUAAAAACAGUGUAAUAAUGCUACCAUAUUCUACAACUAGAAAUGGAAUUUGUAUAACAUUCAACAUGUUUUAUAUAUAUGUAUAUGUCAAAGUAAAGAAAAGAUUUAUCAAAAUUAUAUUCAUAUUUCAGCUUUUAUAAUUGUAAAUUUCUAUUAAAAAAAAAACGUAAACCAAAUGGUUUGAUUGAAACAGAAUUUUUAAAACGUCAUCUUGGAAAUAUUUUGUAUGUCACAUUACUUUGUUAACUGAAGUAAACUUGUUUACAGUCUGAUUUAAUGUA